CUUUAAAGUUAAUAUUAUAAAGAAAAGCAUGGUUUACUAUUGGGCCAUUUAGGAUACACCAGCAUAUUCAGAUUCUCUUAAAAGCUUGAAGAAUCAACCCAGAAGUCUCUUCUCAAUCCACACAUAUCCGAUCCAAUCAACCUACGCUGUUCUUACUUCUGUUAAGUAAUAUCUCUCUGACCCUUCCUUCCUUCAUUCAUAGAGCAAGUUUCAAUCUGUCAUGUCUAUCUGUUUGAUUACGUUGUAUCCACAUGUGUUGUCUCUCUUGUUUGUGCAUAUGUCACAGAGGUGAGGAAAAGUCGUAUCAAUCAUGGGGUGUUAGCUUUUAUUAGUUUUAUUGCUUCCUGCAUGAAAAAGAUUGAGCCUUGCAAGAUUGGAUUUGAAGAGCAUAUUACUUUUAUCAUAAUCGUUGAUAAACUUGAAGCUGAGUUGACUAUGUAUAGUUUUUAUAUGUUAGGCUCACUGGAGUUUAAUGUCAGAAUCGUGUUUCAAUACUAAUGGAACUCCACAGAGACUUUAAUGUCACAUAAUCACAUAUAACAAAAGCAUUGCUGAGUUGUAGGGAGCUGGUUGAAAUUUGAGGGAAGAGUUCAUGGCUGACCUUAAUAAUGGACAGCCACAGCAGGGGAAGUUUGCUGCAAUGGUGGUCUGUUGGCUUCUCGGAAAUGGGUGUCUCUUCUCAUGGAACAGUAUGCUUACCAUUGAAGAUUACUAUGUUGCCUUGUUCCCGAGGUAUCAUCCGUCAAGGGUCCUCACUCUAGUGUAUCAGCCGUUUGCGCUCUUUACACUCAUAGCAUUGUCAUACAAUGAAGCAAACAUCAAUACCAGGAAGCGAAAUUUGUUUGGAUAUACCCUGUUUUUCCUAAGCACUCUUCUGGUGCUAGUGUUGGAUUUAGCUACAUCAGGAAAAGGAGGGCUUGGAACAUACAUAGGAAUCUGUGCCCUUAGUGGUGCUUUUGGAGUUGCAGAUGCUCAUGUGCAAGGAGGAAUGAUAGGAGACCUCUCCUUCAUGAAACCAGAAUUCAUUCAAUCUUUCCUUGCUGGUUUGGCUGCAUCAGGAGCCAUAACCUCUGGACUUAGGCUACUUACAAAGGCAAUGUUUGAGAAUUCCCAGAAUGGCCUUCGCAAGGGAGCCAUUAUGUUCUUUUCCAUCUCUACGCUCUUUGAGCUGCUAUGUGUUUUCCUGUAUGCUCUUGUGUUUCCAAAACUACCAAUUGUAAAGUUCUACCGCUCCAAGGCAGCAUCAGAAGGAUCAAAAACUGUUUCGGCUGACCUUGCUGCUGGUGGCAUCCAGACGUUGCCGGAAGGGGAUAUUGAAGAUCCAAGUAAAAUGCAGCGUCUGGGGAACAAACAAUUGCUAUUUCAAAACAUUGAUUAUGCAAUUGGUAUGUUUCUCAUCUAUGCCCUGACCUUGUCAAUAUUCCCUGGAUUCUUAUCAGAAGAUACUGGAUCUCACAAUUUGGGUACAUGGUAUGCACUGGUUUUGAUUGCAAUGUACAAUGUGUGGGAUCUGAUCGGAAGAUACGUUCCAUGCUUAGAUUGCCUCAAGUUAGAAUCACGUAAAUGGCUAGUGGUUGCAAUUCUUGCUCGUUUCUUACUUGUUCCUGCAUUCUAUUUCACUGCCAAGUAUGGAGACCAAGGCUGGAUGAUCAUGCUUACAUCCUUUUUGGGUUUAACUAAUGGUUACUUAACUGUUUGUGUGCUCACUUCAGCACCUAAAGGCUACAAGGGACCGGAGCAAAAUGCUUUGGGAAAUCUACUGGUAGUGUUCCUGGUCUUAGGUAUAUUUGCAGGAGUAACACUCGACUGGUUGUGGCUUAUAGGCAAGGGAUGGUGAUCACUUCUUACAUCCGAUUUCAUAGAUUGUUCAUAGUUUACUUAUCAAGUUUACCGGAAAACAUAUUGGAAUCCUAAUUUGUAAGACUACGUGAUUCAUUAAUGAAUUUCAACAUAGAACUACUGGAGCUUUGGGAAAUGUCCCACUAAAUACCAUGGUCAAAUACUAGCAUUUGCCUGA